AUGUUUUCUCGUGCCGCCGCUUCGAUUUAUACAAACAACACGUCUGUCAUUCUUACUCGGCUCGUUUUCACAUCAUGUUUUCUUUCUGAUAAUCGCAACUUAUCAAGGACACGUAUAUUUUUGCAACAAAGAGCACCAUUUUAUAGGAGGCAAGUCCACAGUCAUGACUCACAUUCUCACGAUCAUUCCCAUUACAACUUAGCACUAGCUCUUUCCGGACCAACAAAUCGAGGAACAAAGAUAACAUUAGUAGGAUUAGGUGCUAAUGUCGGUCUGACUGUUGUGAAGGGUAUAGCUGGUUGGAUGAUGAAUUCCGCGUCAUUAGUUGCUGAUGCCGCACAUUCUCUAAGCGGCAACGACUUUGUGACAUUAUAUACAAUCCGACAAUCAAGAAAGCCUCCUGAUGAAACGCAUCCCUAUGGUUAUGGUAAAUAUGAAGCUGUCGGAUCUCUCGCUGUCUCUUCAUUAUUGGCUGUAGGUGCCUUUGGAAUCGGCUAUCAUUCUUAUGAGUUGCUUAUGAGUGCAAUACCACCCAACUCUCCUUUUAAUAUCACUGAAAUUAGUCUUACUACGCAAAUUGAUCGUCCGCAUUUAAAUCCAAAUGCCACAUGGUUUGCCGCUGGAUCUGUUGUCGUAAAAGAAGCUUUAUAUAGAUCAACGAUGAAAAUUGCAUCAGAAGAACAAUCCGAUAUUUUAGCUGCCAAUGCAUGGCAUCAUCGAAGUGAUGCUGCAUCCAGUCUAGUAGCAGUGAUCUCGAUUGGAGGAAGUUCUUUCGGUUUUCCACUUCUUGAUCCUAUAGGCGGAAUAUUAGUAGCAGGAAUGAUUCUGAAGAGUGGAAUUGAAAUUAUGAUAUCAUCGUUAAGAGAAUUGGUUGAUAUGGGAUUGAAAGAAGAUGACAUAAAGAAAGUUGAAAAGGCUGUUUAUAAGAUUCAGGGCAUUGAACCGGGUGUUAUCAACUUUCGAAGCAUAAGAGGUCGUAAGUCUGGUCCAUUUUAUUUGAUUGAUAUGAUCGUACAGGUCGAUCCAGACUUGAAAAUUUCCAAAGCACGUCUUAUUGAGGAGGAAAUACAAAAGGAGGUUAAAAAAGAAU